AUGGGUGUCUCUUGGAUUCGGUGGCGGCUAGUACUACUGGUAAUACCCGGCGCUCUUCUGUUUCAACGGGUUACCGGCGACAUCGAUGAGGCAACGACGAGAAACAUAGAAGCAGACUUUGACGGAAUAUUCAGGGAUAUUAUCCGGAAGGCUGCGCCCUUAGCAUCUGAAGUGGCCGGAAGUGCGGAGUUGAGCGGUCCUUGUUCGGCGAGCCUGUUGAAGUUUUUCCUGCACCUACGACUCAAGGAGCCAUGGGCAUUGAGAAUGCUGACGGCCAAUGGCUUGCUCCCCACAAACCUUUUUGAGGGAAGUUUCAUCAACUUGGGAGGCUAUGAACAGUGUCUCAAGACAAGACUUCUGGAUUCCGAAGGCAAGGUCACGCUCAAGGGCCAGUAUUGUUCCCUGUUCGUUAAGCCUCCCAAAGCACUUAUGGAAAGCACGGUGAAGAAGUUCCAAAAGGUCGGUCUACUACGGGGCCGUGAAGAUCCCUUAACCUUCAAUACGGACACAAGGGUUCAGAGCGUGGACUUCAGACUCGGGAUUUGCAUGCCAUCCCCGUGCUCCAGCGAAGAACUCAACUUCCUCGUGAGAUCUGUAUUCAAUAAAUUUGGCAUCAAUUCGACUAUCAAAGGUUGCAGGACGGAUGACCCUAGACCAGUCACGCGGCUUCAGGCCACCUGCAUCUGCUUCUUCUGCGCCUUAACGCUUCUGGUUGGCCUGGGGACGCUCACCGAGUGGCACUUUAAGAGACAAGCUACCGUAAAUGCCAAACGGAGUCCAGGCUCUGCAUGCAGAGUCCUCAUAUGGUUCUCCGUGGUGACAAACACACGGCGUCUUUUCGACACAAGUCAGUUCAAAGGCAGCAGCCGUGAGCCGUUGCUGUUUCUGAGUGGCAUCAAAUUGAUCCUCUGCUUCUGGGUUGUCUUCUUUCACUCCUACACCAUAAUUCAGCCGGAAUUCUACCAUUCUGGCUUUAAGAUAUUUGAUCUGGGAGAUCGGAUUUACUUUCAGCUAAUUGUCAACGCCUUUCUGUCUAUCUCGAGUCUAUUCUUUAUCAGGGGCUUUACGUUUUCUUUUUUCAUGAACGAGACAAGCACUUACCGCGGAAGCAGCGGUUAUAUUCGAACCUAUAUAUUCGCCACCAUCAAGCGUUACUUGAGGCUAACAAUGCCAGUGGUGGUAGUCAUGCUGCUGGCCUUCCUCUUGCCCAUCAUGGCGGACGGUCCAGCCGACCAGGAACUUUUCACACAACAGAUUAACGGUUGUGCCAAAAACUGGUGGACGGUUCUCGUCCACACCAAUAACUUCAAUCCAUUGAAUGAGUCUUGCUUAACAAGUCUGUGGUAUGUGAGCACAGAAAUGCAAGUUUUCGUCAUCACCCUUCCAUUAACCAUGCUGCUUUCAAGAUUCCCCAGGACAGCCGCAACCAUCUUAGUCCUAACGGCACUAGGGUUCAGCAUAUACACAACACUGCGCACUUACUUCUGGAAUCUCUUUUUCUCGAUGACAACCGGAUCAAACAACGGAAAACGACUUUUUCAGACUCUCGAGUUGAUCUACUUCAGGCCAUUCACACAUGUGGCAACCUAUGUGUGUGGGAUCUUAUCGGGCUACGCGGCAGUACACUACAAGAAGAGAAACAUUCCUUACAUGAUCCAGUCAACGCUUUGGCUGCUGUCUGCGACUGCAGCUGGAUUCGUAAUGUUUGUAACCGUGCCAUGGAAUAGAGGGAACCUUCCGGACGACAUCACCAACGCUCUCUACGGAGGCUUCCAUCGACUGGUGUGGUCCCUGGCGCUCUGUUGGCCCAUCUACGCAUGUGCAACAGGUCACGGAGGUAUCAUUGCCUGGAUGUCAUCUUGGAAAGGCUUCAUACCCUUGGCCAGGCUUACAUAUGGAGUUUACCUUCUUCAUGGACUGUUUCUCCUUCUUCGAAUGGGAUUGGUCAAGAGCCGUUUUAACUUGGACGAAUUUUUCCAGCUGACGAAUACGCUGGGAAUAAUCGCACUAAGCUAUUACUUCGCCUAUUUGCUGUACCUGGUGUGUGAAGCACCGAUUGAAAACUUUUCAGCAGCUGUGUUUGAUAGGUGCGGAAAGAAGGAGCUUUCGAAUUCCUCGAAGCCAGUGAGCAAUGGUCAGAACACGAAGGUUUGA